CUCUCCAGAUCUCAUCCCAUCUUUGCAUUUAAGCAACAAUAAAAAGAUAAUCCUUAGCCAUGGCGGUCACUACUAGGCUCUCGUUAGCUUUAUUCCUCUCUGCUUUUCUCUUGUUUGCAGCAAAUGCUAGAGAAUAUCAGGGACAACCAGGUCAGUACGGUGAGACAGGCACUCGUCUGACUCAAGCACAACAAUGCCGCAUACAGAGGCUCACUGGAAGCCAGCCGUCUCAACGCAUUGAGUCAGAGGGCGGCUUCACUGAGCUGUGGGAUGAGAACGAGGAGCAAUUCCUGUGCGCUGGAGUUGCUCCUAUGAGGAAUGUUCUUCGUCGUCGUUCUCUCUCUUUGCCUAAUUUUCAUCCGAUGCCUCGCUUGGUUUACAUCGAGCGUGGCCGGGGAUUGAUAAGCAUUAUUUUCCCCGGCUGUGCUGAGACUUUCCAGACCCAAUCGCAGACCUUCCAGGCUGGCCGAGAUCCAUGGGAAGAGAGUGGACAAGGCCGCAGAAGCGAUCAGCACCAGAAAGUUCACCGCAUUCGCCAAGGUGAUGUUGUGGCAAUUCCAGCUGGUGCUGCUCAUUGGUGCUUUAACGACGGUGAGGAAGAGCUCGUAGCCAUCUCCAUCAACGAUCUCAACCAUCAGUCCAACCAACUUGAUCAGAACUCCAGGGCAUUUUACUUGGCUGGUGGAGUACAAGAAAUUGAGAAGAAAAGAACUCAAAUUGGUCUAAGAAAGCAAAUCACGCAGAAGUUUCAGAACAUUUUUCGUUCUUUUGACAGAGAAUUGAUGGCUGAGGCCUUCAACAUCCCCACAGAGAUCGUGAGUAAGAUGCAAGAAGAGCAAAGUGAACGUGGAUUGAUUGUUAAUGUCAGGGAAGGAAUGAGCAUGAUUAGGCCAGAUGAAGAAGAAGAGGAGGAAUUCGAAGAGCAGCAAGGGUGUUCACGGCCGUAUAACCCAUGGGGAAGGAGAGGAAAUGGCUUGGAAGAAAACGUUUGCACAAUGAAAUACCGCGCCAACAUGGAUACUCGAAGACGAGCUGAUAUCUUCUCAAGGCAAGCCGGCAAAAUUAACCAUGUCAACGGCCAAAAACUUCCCAUCCUUCAAUACAUGGACAUGAGUGCCACUAAAGGAACCCUCUAUCCGAAUGCAGUGAUGAGCCCUCAUUGGGCAGUGAAUGGCCACUGCGUGGUGUAUGUACAAACUGGAGAUGCACAAGUGCAGGUAGUAGACCACACUGGACAACAAGUAAUGAAUGACAGGGUGAACCAGGGAGAGAUGUUUGUUGUUCCUCAAUAUUUCGCCUCAACAUUGAGAGCAGGGCAGAAUGGAUUUGAAUGGGUGGUGUUGAGGACAAGCAGUCAACCAAUGAACAGCCAACUAGCAGGUUACACAUCAGUGAUUAGAGCCAUGCCCGUUGAGGUCCUCACAAAUGCCUACCAGAUAUCACCAAAUGAAGCACAACGCUUGAAGAUGAACAGAGGAGGAGAGAGCCUCCUUUUAUCUCCACAGCGUAGGUCCUUUUAAAAUGUAUGCAUUUAGAACCUUGGCUAUUGUAAUUUUCUAGUAGUACUGGUUUCUAGUCUUUGUUUUUAGGCAAAGACCUAGCAAGAGCGACUUGUAAUUAGGAGCAAAUAAUGAAACAAAAUAAAAGCUCCUGCCCUUUUUGUUUCUAAAUAAAUCUCAUUCAAGAUUUUAA